AUGUGUGCCAACUCUUGGGGUCACAUCGUCAGGACGACGAGUGUCAGGUUCUGUUGUCAGGCCUACCGCUCACAACGUGCGGAUAGCCUCUGGGCCUUGUUUUCUUAUCGUCAGACUCUCAUGCUUCGUGCAAACGUCGACAAGCAUACCGGCCAACCAAGGCUGUUAUCGCGGGAGCCGGCUGCCUCGGCAACGGGAAAAAAGUGUGGCCGUAAAGUGUACCAGUCGGAAAGAGAGUGA